UGCGCAGUAGUGCAUGUUGAUUCGAUCUCGUUUUUCCUGACGAGAAAAGAGUUCGAAGAAUCACCUUGAAGUUGUUGUUGGUUGAUGAUCUGCAUUUGCUUUCAUUAUCCUCAAAUAAGAUACUAUAUUACCGUGUAGUCCUGAUAGAUUAUGAAUAGCACAAGUGGAAGUUCGUUGUGGAAAGCUGAUUGAGUGGAAAGCGAGCAAGAGUGCUUCAAAUAUGGAUGACAGGAAUCCACUUGCUACCAACGAAAACCUGGAAAUGGCUUCUUAUAAUACUUUUGAUCCAACUUACAAUGAUGCCAUGUACAAGGAUGGUUACAAUCAAGCAUAUGAUGAUGAUCCUGAUUAUUAUGGUGGAUCUGCCAUUGAUGAUGAGGAUAUGAGUGGAGAAAGAGGAUGUUACUUUCGCGAUGGAAAAAGGCAAAUUGAUUACGUACUGGUUUAUGAGGAUGAUGGAAAAGACCCAGCUCCACAGGACUUAGAAAAAAGGAGGAAAUUCCUAGAAAACUUGGAAAAAUCACAACUUGAAUUUGAAGAGGAAAUCACUCAAGACAAGAAGGUCAAACUCCACUUCAUCAAAAUCCAUGUCCCUUGGGAAGUUCUCCUGUUYUAUGCAGAGGAGCUGAGUUUUAGAGCUCCUCUUGAGGUGCGCACAACAAGGAAGAUCAACUGGUCGGAACGUAUGCUUGAAAAGUUUCGUCUACCCAACAUAUUUAAGGAGGAAGUUCCAAACCCACCACCAGAUUUAUUUACUUGUGUAUUCCAAGCAAACAAGCUUAACAAGUUCAUUGGUAGUGACAAUCCAGAUACUUACUUUACUGAUGUCGAAAGAGUCAGAGUGGUUUAUGAAAUCYUGGAGACAGCACCGUAUGGAAAGAGACAGAGAGGAGAAAUAGGAAUUGAACGUCUUGUUGAAGAAGGUGUUUUUAAGGCUGGCUAUCCUCUGCAUGUGGGUCCAGCAGAAUUACCCAAAGAGUUCCAUGAAGGCCCCCAUGGCCCUGAGGAAAUCAAGUUGAACAAAAGACAGGUUCUCAAAGAAUACUGGGCACGCUGGGGCAAGUGGUACAAGUACCAGCCCCUUGAUCACAUCCGUGACUAUUUUGGAGAGAAGAUUGGCAUCUACUUUGCUUGGCUAGGUCAAUACACAGCUUGGCUCAUCAUGCCAUCCUUCAUUGGUCUCUUGGUAUUUCUGUAUGGAGUUGCUACAGUCAGCAGUGCAGACAAUAGACCAGCUCUUGAGGUUUGUGAGAACCCAGAGUGGACAUUCAAGAUGUGUCCUCUGUGUGACGAGUCUCUUGGUUGUGCUUAUUGGGAUCUCAAGAUAAGUUGUGGAUCAGGCAAGGUUGCCUACAUGUUUGAUAAUGCUGCUACCGUGGUCUACGCUAUAUUUGUCUCUUUCUGGGCCUGCUUCUUCUUGGAGUAUUGGAAAAGAAAGGAGAUAACUCUAGCCUACCACUGGGAUGUGCUGGAGUACGAAGAGGAAGUGGAACGACCACGACCAACGUUUGCAGCACUCGCGCCCACAGUAGAAAGAAACCCAGUGACGGGAAUUCUCGAACCGCACUUUCCUGAUGAAAAACGUAAACCGCGUUUACUGUCGGGUAUAGCGAUUGUCAUCACUAUGGUUUCUCUAGUGUUGGUGUUUAUGGUUGGUGUUAUUGUCUACAAACUGUUAGUGUACAGACCGUUAGCAAGAAACAAGUCCACCAGAAAAUAUGCCUUGCAGAUUGCUAACUCUACUGGUGCUUUUGUUAACUUGACCAUUAUCAUGAUAUUGAGUAGGGUGUAUGAAAGGGUUGCUUUGGCUUUGACACACUGGGAAAUGCAUCGAACACAGACAGAAUAUGAGGAUAACUUGACUUUCAAGGUGUUUGUCUUCCAGUUCGUCAACUUUUACUCUUCUAUUUUCUACAUUGCUUUCUUCAAGGGAAAGCUUGUAGGAUAUCCUGGGCAUUACAGACGUCUGUUUGGUCUUCGUCAAGAGGAGUGCAGUCCAGGUGGAUGUUUAAUGGAGUUAGCACAGCAACUCGUCAUCAUCAUGGUCGGCAAACAGAUGAUCAACAACGUGCAAGAAAUUGCUAUUCCCAUGAUCAAGGGUUACCUCAAGAGGAAAAAACGAGGAACAACGAAAGGAGAGAUCAAACCACGAUGGGAACUGGACUAUGAAUUGGUGGAAAAUGAGGGAUUGUUCCAAGAAUAUCUUGAAAUGGUUUUACAGUUUGGUUUCAUUACCAUUUUUGUCGCUGCUUUCCCCUUGGCUCCAUUCUUUGCUUUGGCUAACAACAUCUUUGAAAUCCGUAUCGACUCGGACAAGUUCGUAUGUGAAGUUCGGCGCCCGAUUGCAGACCGAGCACAGGAUCUUGGUAUUUGGUUUGAUAUCUUGGACAGUGUGGCGAAAAUAGCUGUGAUAAGCAAUGCUUUCUUGAUAGCAUUCACAUCAACGUUCUUACCAAAGAUGCUGUAUCGGUACACGGUAUCUGAGGACGGUUCGUUAAGAGGUUUUACCAACUACUCUCUGGCAUGGUCUCCUGCAAACACUACACACGAGCCUUGCAGGUAUCAGGAAUACAGAGACCCUGAAGGCCACUUUACUAAAUUCUAUUGGCAUCUUCUUGCUCUGCGGCUCGGAUUUGUCAUUCUCUUCGAGCACUUCGUGUUCUUUGUGAUGCGUUUGAUCGACAUGAUGGUACCUGAUGUUCCUCAAGCAUUGGAGAUUAUUAUCAAACGAGAAGCCUACCUUGCCAAACAAGCUUUGGCUGAUCACCACAGCCUUGGAGGCGGAUCUGGCGGUGAAAGUGUGCCUGAGGUAUGGUGAGUCAAUAAUGCAUGCUUGACGACCUAACAUGAUGAUGAUGAUGAUGAUGAUGAUCACUCAUGGAUGAUGAAAGUAACACGUGGUUCUUCCUCUGUGACUGACGUAACUCAUGUAACAUCACGUAACAUAACCAGUAAAACCGCAUAUGGGUUGAAUAUGACAUGGGGCGGUACAAUAUAGAACGAUAGAAUCAAAUACAYUAACCAAUGAGGUUUACUUCAUCUAAAAAAGGUUUUCAAUGGGAAAGUGUUCCAUUUUCUUAUAGUGUGUUCAUGUUUGUUAUAUUUUUUUCUUUUUUCUUUUUUUCUUUAUACGAAUUGUCGUUAUUAUGUUUUUACUUCACUUUCAUGGACGACUGGAUUUCAUUAUUUACAACACUUUCCUAUCCGGAUUUUUAAUGGUACAAAUAUAUUACAAACAAAUAAGAAUAUUUAAUACUUUAUUUGGUGCACUGCAAAAAUCGUUCAAUUAUUUGAGCUUUUCAUUAUUCGCACUAAUAGAUUAAAUUUUAAAAAUCAAAAUUUACAGUAUUCUAAGAGGUUUAAUGGAUAUCUAGACUUGCUGCAAUGUAAGGGAAUUAGACAAUGAAAUUUAUUCAAUAGAAGAUAUGCAUUACUUGGCCCUGGAUGGCCUGGUUUGGUGCUAGGGAUAUUUAACGUUUAUUUAUUGGRCUUAUAAAGCCUUUUUAAUUAAGAAUCAAUUAUUAAUGUAUUAUUUAUUAUUGAAUUUUAUCAUGACGCGGUAUUAAAGGUUGUUAAAUCUA